UUUAAGAAAAUGGCACACUUUUCGAGACUUCAGAAAUUUUCUUUAUUUAGUGUUGGAUUACUGACAGUGAACAGUUUUUUCUUUAUAAAGUAUAGAGAUGAGUUCUUUAUUUUCCGUCUAGUUGCAUCAAAUAUGAAAUAUAACUCUUUUGUUACUAAAUGGGAUCAUAAUUGGGAUAGACAUGUUCCAGAAAAAUUAUCUAAUUUUAUCAAUAUAGAUAAGCCUGAAAGUUCUAAGUACAAUGGAAAAGUGGCCAACCAUAUCUUACUAAUAAGACACGGACAGUAUCAUGUCAAUAAGCACAAUGAUGAUGAACGACGUUUAACUGAAUUAGGUAAAUUACAAGCAGAAAUAACAGGAUUGCGCUUAGCUGAAUUGGCUGUACCGUACAAAAAAAUUGUUAGUUCAACUAUGAUGAGAGCUCAAGAAACAUCACGUUUAAUCCAAAAUCACUUACCUUUAGUAGAAAUUAUAGAAGAUUGUUUACUAGUUGAAGGAUAUCCUAUUGCUCCUGAUCCCCCUGGAGGUCGGUGGCGACCUGAAAAAAAAUUCUUCCAAGAUGGACCACGAUUAGAGGCAGCUUUUCGUAAAUACAUUCAUAGAGCUGAUAGUCUUGUGGAGAAAGAUAAUUAUACUGUGAUUGUGUGUCACGCAAAUGUCAUCCGAUACUUCGUGUGCCGAGCAUUGCAGAUUCCUCCGGAAGCAUGGCUACGCAUGUCCUUAAAUCAUGGUAGUGUUACAUGGAUUACAGUACUUUCUAGCGGAAAAGUUAUUUUGCGAUCAUUUGGUGAAACAAGUCAUAUGUUACCUGAGUGGAUAACAUCAAGAUAGUUAUAAAAAAAUUAAGUGGAACUUACUCAUGAAAACUUUUUUUAAAUAUUUGUAUGCAAGUCUUACUCAUAGCAACUCAAAAUGAAACCCUUACUUUUCAACUACAAUUGUUCGUUAAAUAUUUAAACACCACUACAC